AUGUACACCCAGUCCCCCCAGAUGCCGCAUCAAAUGUACGGCUAUGCGCCAUAUUCGCCGAUGAACCCGGUGCAACCGUCGCCUUAUGCCGCGCAUCCGUCCCCUCAAUCACACACCCUCACCUCGCAAUCCAUGAUGAUGCCCCCUCAGACGACCACGGCACAGAUGUCACCGCACCAACAAUCACACGCCUCUAACGCGCUGUCCAGCAGCCCCAUCAUGAAAAUGGAUCCGAAUUCCCAGUCCGCAUCAGCCCAACGACCAAUGCUGAACCCACCUCUUCCCUCGCCCGGCAACAACAGCCUACAAGCAGGCAACGUCCACCAAACAUCCCCGUUGGGGACGAGCUCGAGCGCCGCCCCAGGUCCCAUCCCAGCUACCACGCCACUGGUAGUGCGACAGGACAGCAAUGGUGUGCAAUGGAUCGCAUUCGAGUACUCGCGUGACCGCGUCAAGAUGGAGUAUACGAUCCGCUGUGACGUCGAGUCCGUCAACGUGGACAGUCUCAGCCAAGACUUCAAAACGGAGAACUGCGUCUACCCCCGCGCCUGCUGCAACAAAGACCAGUAUCGCGGUAACCGACUGGUCUACGAGACCGAGUGCAACACCGUGGGCUGGGCACUCGCCGAGCUGAACCCCUCGCUCCGCGGCAAGCGAGGACUCAUCCAGCGUGCUGUCGAUAGCUGGCGCAACAGCAACCAAGACCCGCGUCUGCGCAGUCGACGAGUCCGCCGUCAGGCCAAGGUCAACUAUCGCAAGCAGGCGAUGGCGCCGCCGACACCGCAUAUGUCUGCAACAGGUCCCGUGGGACCCAGUUUGCCGAGUACCCCGACGAUGUCGAUGCCUCAGGGUCCACGACAUAGUCUUUCUGGUCCGCCUAUGUCGAUGGGACCGCCGCAGUUGCAUCAUCAUCACGCUCAACCAGAUGGGAGCCCUAAGAUUGAGGACGGCACCACAGACUACACCAGCGCUACUCAGCGUCCCGCACAACUCGCCAGCGACAUCCGCGCCGCUCAAGUCUUCCACGAUGCCACCACCAUCCCCACCUCCUCCAGCAUCGGUCCAUCCAUGCCACCCCUACUCCGCGACACCAGCCUCAGCGCGCUCGGUCGUCACCACACAAUCGCAACAUCCAGCCACAUGGACUACACAAGCGCCGAGACCACCGACGGCAACAUCAGCCCCAGCAACGAAGAUCUCUUCGGCCAACUCCCGGACGGCAAACGGCGCACCUUCAUCCUAAUCGAGGACCCGCAGCGCGGAGCCCGCGUCCGCGUCAAAGUCAUGCUGGAUAAAGUCAACAUGGACGAAAUCCCCGAUUCCUAUCGCAUGUCCAAUGCCGUCUAUCCGCGCACUUACUUCCCCGUGCAGAUGAAGGAUGCUCCUGGCACGAGCGUCCCGAAUAAGCGCUUCUUCCGGGAUGAUACGGAGCAUGGGGAUGGGUCUGAUGCGACCGUGAGUCGGACGAGUGUUCUUGCGCCUUCGCUAGAUGGUGAGCGGGAGAUUGAUGUGCCUCAGCUUUCGAGGCGGAGACAUCAUAAAGAAGUCAUGCUGAAUGACCUUGGAUAUCGACUGAGUUGGUGUCAAAGCCGGGUGUUUGCUGGGCGGACGCUAUUUUUGCAGCGAUCCCUGGAUGCCUACCGGAAUAAAAUGCGCAGUAGUAUGCUGGCUGCGGGACAGGAUGCGAGUGAGAUUCCCGAGCAUUUUGACACGCGGCGCGGGAAGCGGCGGUUCUUGGAGCGUGGGGAACACCGGUUGAAGGUUGAGACUGGGGAGCCGAGUGCGUCGCGGCGGAGUGUGGAGGAGGUGGAGUGUUAG